ACGUGACGCGGCGAGCGCGUCGUCGGCUCCUCCCCCUCCAAGAUGGCGUCCUUGCUGCAAUCAGAGAGGGUGCUCUACCUCGUCCAGGGAGAGAAGAAGGUCCGGGCCCCGCUGUCGCAGCUGUACUUCUGCCGCUAUUGUAGCGAACUGCGGUCGCUGGAAUGUGUGUCUCACGAGGUGGACUCCCAUUAUUGUCCCAGCUGCUUAGAAAAUAUGCCAUCAGCUGAAGCCAAACUAAAAAAGAAUAGAUGUGCCAACUGCUUUGACUGUCCUGGCUGUAUGCAUACUCUCUCCACUCGGGCAACAAGCAUCUCCACACAGCUUCCAGACGACCCUGCCAAGACCACCAUGAAGAAAGCCUACUACCUGGCCUGUGGAUUUUGUCGCUGGACAUCUAGAGAUGUAGGCAUGGCAGACAAAUCUGUAGCUAGUGGUGGUUGGCAGGAACCUGAAAAUCCUCACACGCAGCGGAUGAACAAACUGAUUGAAUAUUACCAGCAGCUUGCUCAGAAAGAGAAGGUUGAGCGAGAUCGCAAGAAACUGGCACGGCGUAGAAACUAUAUGCCUUUGGCUUUUUCGCAACACACUAUUCAUGUAGUGGACAAAUAUGGUCUUGGAACCAGACUUCAGCGACCACGAGCUGGUGCAACCAUCAGUACCCUUGCUGGACUGUCCCUUAAAGAAGGAGAGGACCAAAAAGAGAUAAAGAUUGAGCCAGCUCAGGCUGUAGACGAAGUGGAGCCUCUACCCGAAGAUUACUAUACAAGACCAGUAAAUUUAACAGAGGUGACUACCCUUCAGCAGCGCCUCUUGCAGCCUGACUUCCAGCCAGUCUGUGCUUCACAGCUCUAUCCUCGUCACAAACAUCUUCUGAUCAAACGAUCCCUGCGCUGUCGGAAAUGUGAACAUAAUUUGAGCAAGCCAGAAUUUAAUCCAACAUCUAUCAAAUUCAAAAUCCAACUGGUUGCUGUCAAUUAUAUCCCAGAAGUGAGAAUCAUGUCGAUUCCCAACCUUCGCUACAUGAAGGAGAGCCAGGUCCUCCUGACACUUACAAAUCCAGUGGAGAACCUCACCCAUGUGACGCUGCUGGAGUGCGAGGAGGGAGACCCCGAUAAUGUCAAUAGCACUGCUAAGGUGGUAGUGCCUCCCAAAGAGCUCAUUCUAGCUGGCAAGGAUGCAGCAGCAGAGUAUGACGAGUUGGCGGAACCGCAGGACUUUCAGGAUGAUCCUGACAUUAUAGCCUUCAGAAAGGCCAACAAAGUGGGUAUUUUCAUCAAAGUGACCCCACAACGUGAGGAGGGUGAAGUGACCGUGUGCUUUAAGAUGAAGCAUGAUUUUAAAAACCUGGCAGCCCCCAUCCGCCCCAUUGAAGAAAGUGACCAGGGCACAGAAGUCAUCUGGCUCACCCAGCAUGUGGAACUCAGCUUGGGUCCGCUUCUUCCUUAAAAGGUGCCACUGGUGGGGCAGAUCCCAAAGGACAUUAUCACCACGAGCCCACGUUAAAAUGUGGAAGCCGCUGCUUCAUUAAGCCUUGUUUGUAACAAUGUACCCAUGCACUACUGAAUCCUAUUCCUAGGAGGGUGGGGACAUAGGCAAGGCAUGGGGAACACAAGCUAACUGCUGUUCCUCUUGCUCUGACUUCUGUUAAUACCAGUAAAUCUGUCUCCCUCACUGAACCCUGCACGUCAAAUAACAACAGCAUUGUUCCCUCCCCAAAAAGGGAGAUGGCUGUUCUUUGGAGUGGCAUUGGAUUUACCACCUGAAAAAUUCUGACCAUGUCUCCCAGUCUGAUCUCAAAAAGGAUCACAAUCUCACAGAUAAAAUGUUAAAUGAUAACUGAAAGGUAGACCUUCUCUUAAUGAGCCAGCAUUGGUCCCAGUGUACCAACCGCUAUCUGCAUUCCAUUUAGUUAUAAUCUCACAGUCCUAAUGUAUCCCUUCACUCGCUGCCAUGCCUCCCAUCUUGCUGAGGUUUCCAUUUGACAGAAUAGAAUUGUCAUACUGUCUUAAUUUUGUGGUGUUUGGAAAAACCUGUGAGAUUCUUAAGGCACUUUCAUUUGCUUUCUUCUGAGAGAAUACAGGAUGCUUAUGUAUCAGGUGCUCUUAAAAUUUCUUUCUCUUUAGAGUAUGGAACUUAUUCAAGCAAUCACAUGUCAUGUCAAAGGGGUGGAAAAUUCCAUUCAUUUUAAAUGUUACCACAAUAUCCAGGGGUUAACGCUGACAUCCGGAGGCAGCCUUUUUGUGUCUUACUCCCUCCUCCUCCCCUUUGCUCUGCCUCUUUAAUUCAAUAAGUUGUUCUAAAUACUUGACACCUGGAAAGAGCCCAAAGAAAACUUGGUAGACAAGUUCACUUCUGGAAUGCAAAAAACAUUUUAAAGGUUAGAUUUUUAGCAUGAUCCGAACUAAUGUCUUUCCAUUGAUUUGAAGGGGAAAAUAGCAGUUACAAUGUCUUGAAUCCCAAAUUGGAUAUUAAGAUAAAGAAACUUUCCCCUUACUGAGUUUAAGACUUAUAUCAUAUGAUAUGUUGAAUAAGGCCAUUUUGAUUGUAAACCAUAAAGUAGUUCCGCUAGUCCCCCAGAAUACUUGCCUGACAGCACAUAUGCUGUUUCCUUUUGGUAUCCGGCAGUUGGCUUGUAACCUUAAUUUCUGUGAUGUUUUCUAAAAUGAGACUUGACCAAGCAGACCACCAGCUGCACCACAUUUUCCGUAAAUGUAUUGUUAGCAAGCAGCCAACACAUUUUUGGGGAAAAGAGAAAUUUCCUGUUUAUCCUGUUUUUUUUUUUUUUUUUUUUUUUUUAAGUUCAAGCUUUUAAUUUAAAAAAAAAUUAAGAUAUAUAGUAAUCUAGAAUACAUUAGCUCCCUCUGGAAAGUAAAAAUAUUUAGGAAGCCUUUGAAAGACACUAAAUUGUAUUCAAAAGGUCAAGCUAACUUUAUGAAACAAUGUUCCACAGAGUAAUAUAUAUGCUGCAAUAUAAGAAAAAAAUACACGUAUUUCUAAUAUUAUGACAAUAAUAAGUAAGGUUUAGCCUGUUAGGAGUUGGGGUAGGGGAUUGUAAUGACAAAUUUGCAGUCUAUAGAAAUAGUUUAACUUUUUGUGACCCCACAGAGUGUCAGUUUUUAUUUCACUACCUGCUAGAGCCUACUCGGAAGCCAUUCCUCCAGAUUUGCCGGUGGAGGACUCAAACGUCAAAGUAGAGAAUAGAAUGGCUUCCUGUGUUUACACAUUUGCGUACUACACACAGUUGUAUAUUGUGCAUUUAUGGCAUGUAGCUAGUACUCAUUCCCAGAAAUAAUAAUGUUGAAGUAAUCAGUCUCAUCACCCCCAUGUGACACAGAAACACAAAAAUACUUUUGAUCAUAGAAGUUUUUUUCUUCAGAAGCCAAAUUAAUUUGAAGUAUAACAGAGCCAUUGUUUUAAUGUUUCCUCAAGAUAGUUUUCAGUGCAACCAGUAUUCUGUGUAUUAGUAUACAUAAAUUAUGGUUCAACACCUGCAGCUGGUGAAUUCGGAAUUUUAUUUGUUGCUUUUUUAUAUUAGAUCAGGUGCAAGAUUGUCAGUGCAUAGACAGUGCCCACCACUGCAGACGAAUGAGAUGUCAUUAGCACUAGAAACUACAGUUUUGGAAACAUAAAGCUAAGUUAACUUGUAUUUGUGGUUUGAUUAGCCCAUUAAGGUUUUGUUCAAAGUGCUUAUAGGUAUAAUGAGCCAAGUAAAUGUCAUGCAUAUUUGUGAAGAAACAUCCUUUUUGGUCCCUUUUGAGAAUGAGAGGCACUUCCUUGAUCUUUAUGAAUUACAGGUUCCUGUUUUGCCUUAUAGCUUAACUUAAUGUAGUGAAAUAAAGCAGACAAAGCUUGA